GAUUUUUACUCCGUGAGCUUUACUCAGCCACAUCAGCAUGGAGAUAAUGCUCAGAUAAGACAGCGUGCUGUCUCUCACACAGGUAUAAAAGACAGGAACAGGGUAAAGUUAGGCCACCGUCAGAUCAACAGCAGUCUGCCAUCAUGACCUUCAACGGGACCUGGAAAGUCGACCGCAGUGAGAACUAUGAGAAGUUCAUGGAAGUAAUGGGCAUCAACAUGGUUAAAAGGAAACUAGCUUCUCAUGACAACCUGAAGAUCACUCUGGAGCAGACCGGAGACAAGUUCCACGUGAAGGAAGUCAGCACUUUCCGCACGGUGGAAAUUGACUUUACUCUGGGCGUCAACUUUGAAUAUUCUCUGGCAGAUGGCACUGAGCUCUCAGGAUCCUGGCUCAUGGAGGGUGACAUGCUCAAGGGGACUUUCACACGCAAAGACAACGGAAAGGUACUAACAACAACCAGGAAGAUAAUUGGUGAUGAACUUGUACAGAGCUAUUCCUAUGAAGGAUGCGAGGCCAAGAGGAUUUUCAAGAGGGGUUAAAAUGACAUCAGCAUUCCCAAAUUUCAAAAUUAAAAAUCUAGUGGGACGAUAUGAAACUUUUAAAUAUUGUAACCAUGGAUGUUCAACCUGAUAAUAAGUGUUUUAACAAUUGGCGGCCCCAAAGUUUACAAAGCAUGUAUACACUGUGAGUUUUUAUAUUUAUGGUAAUAAAGCCAUUUUUACGUCCUUUA